CGUCCGUCAGUUUGUGGUUUGUGUUUCGUGAGGCUGUCUGUUUUCAAGUUUGCAAAUUCUUCUUACCUACAUUUCUUUCAUCAAGGAGUUUUACUUUUGCUCAGAAUUCAGGAAUUUUGAUUGUACUUUUGGUCGUAAAUAGUUUCUGUGGUAGUGUAAGAUGUGGGAAGAAGGCAGCAGCAACAGUGCGGGCAGCGAGAAAGGAGGUGCGAAGUAUGUGGACAUCACAAAACACCACGACGCUGUCUUCAACGAGCUGAUGCGGGAGUGCAAGCACAGCGCGCCCGGGGCCCGGCUGUCGGCGCGCCUGCGAACUUCGCUAGAGAGGAUGUGCCCGGAGGAGCGGCGCGCGGUGGUGUGCCGCACGGCGGAGGGCUGCGCGCCGCUGUUCGUGGCCAGCAAGCGCGGCAACGUGGAGCUGGUGGAGUACCUGGUGCACGUGUGCGCGGCCGAGCUGGAGCAGCGCGGCGUGUACGAGGUGCCCGACGACCGCUCCGUGCACACGGUCACGCCGCUGUGGUGCGCCGCCGUGGAGGGCCGGCUGGACGCGCUGGGCGUGCUGGCGGACGCGGGCGCGCGCGUGGACGCGCCCAGCGACAGCGGCUCCACGCCCGUGCGCUCGGCCUGCUUCAUGACGCACCUGGACGUGGUGCGCUUCCUGGUGCAGCGCGGCGCCGACAUCCACCGCCCCAACCACAACGGCGGCACCUGCCUCAUCAACUCCGUGCAGUCCGUGCGCCUCUGCACCUUCCUGCUCGAGCACGGCGCGCAGGUGGACGCGCUGGACAUGCAGCACAAGACGGCGCUGCACUACGCCAUCCAGGAGCACCGCGUGGAGACGGCGCGCCUGCUGCUGGAGCACGGCGCCGACCCGCACCUCGCCUCGCGCGCCGGCGACGACGCGCUGCGCACCGCCUGCCUCAAGGGCGCAGCACAGAUAGUGGCGCUGCUGGCGGCGCGCGUGCGGUACCCGGCGGCGCGGCUGGCGGACGCGUACGAGCUGCUGGGCGCCACGCAGCUGGACGAGUUCAACGACGUGGCCGCCGCGCUGGCCGCCUGGCGCCGCGCCACCGCCAUCCGCCACGCCGGGCCCGUCUAUGUGGAGAAGACGCCGAAGCGUAGUGUAAAAUGUCCAAGGCCGGCGCUGGGCGGCGCGGCGGAGUGGCGCACGCCGGGCGAGCUGGAGGCGGCGGCCACCGACAUGGACGCGCUGCGCACGCAGGCGCUGCUCGUGUGCGCGCGCGUGCUCGGGCCCGCGCACAAGGACACCGUGCUGCGCCUCAUGUACAGAGGAGCGUCAUAUGGUGACGCAUUCCGCUAUCAGCGCUGCAUCGAGCUGUGGACGUGGGCCCUCGAAAUCCGCAUACAGAAAGACUCCCUGCUUUACACAGACACGUGCCACACGGCGUGCGCGCUGACGCGGCUGAUGCUGGACGCGCGCGCCGGCCGCCUGGAGCGCGGCCGCGACCUGCCGCGACACCAGGACGUCGUCUCCGUCUUCCGCCUGCUCGCCGCAGACUUGCCCGCCUGCCGCCGCGCGCUGGAGGUGCGGCCGGUGUUCAAGAAGCAGGCGGAGACGUUCGACCGCGCGCUGCGCUGCGUCACGCACCUCGUGUACCUGCUGCUCGACACGGCCGAGGCGCCCGACGAGCGCGAGGAGGUGGUGCGGCUGGUGCGCGCGCUGGUGGCGGCGGACGUGCGCAGCGCGCACACGGGCGACACGCUGCUGCACCUCAGCGUGUCGUGCCUCAACGUCAUCCGCUCCACCUACUUCGCCGACGAGGUGCACGUGCCGCCGAUCUUCCCCUCCGUAGCCGUGGUCCGGCUGCUCCUCCAGUGCGGCGCGGGCGUGGGCACGCGCAACGAGGCGCGGUCGACGGCGCUGCACGUGGCGGCCAUCCCGUACAACUUCUCCAGCGAGCUGGUGGGCGCGCUGCUGGCCGGCGGCGCUCACAUCGACCAGCCCAACAAGUUCGGCGACCUGCCCGCCGAGCUCGUCGCGCUCAACCGCGGGAACAAAGUCAAGGUAUUACAGCACAUGACACUAGCCUGCGUGGCGGCGCGCGCGCUGCUGGCGAGCGGCCGGCCCAUACCACGCUCAGCGCUGCCGCGCACGCUGCACGACUUCCUCGACCUGCACCGGCCCUAGGACCACGACGCGUCCGCCGCCUCUAGCGAUCUACGUGCUCACCAUACCAUGAGUUUACGUUAAGCCUAAGUGCUUGUUCACGUUGACUCGCGGGCGCGGUGACGAAAUAUCAAACAUAUGUAGUGAUUCCAAGUGUUCACGUACGAAACGCACGUGCGGUCUAACUAGCGGGCAAGCUAGCGACUGGCGCGCGCGGAGCGCUCGCGGUAAUUUCAACGCGUGAAGAUGUUUGUGUGUGUUCAUGUCAAACUAGCGGCGGCGCGCGCGUUUCACUCGCGACGUCAGGUAAGUUCAACCGGUUUGAACUUGUCGCUAGAAACGAUAGUACGUCACACUCGCGCGAACGCCUGGUCGUCAAUGUGAACACGAGCUCGCGACGUUUGUCGCGCCCGCGCGUACCUACGUGAACAAGCACUAAAGUCUGUUCGCCGAGAGUUGAUAAAAAAAAUUAAAUAUCAGAGGUUCUAAACUCAUUAUAAAUUGCGGCCCGCUAAAUAUUUUUGUCGAUAUAAUGAAAAAGUUAGUAGAUUAUCAUUAUUAUCUCUUUUAAAUUUACGGGAAUUAUUCCGGUUAGGGCAUACGUGGGGAUACGGAUCAAACACGUGGCGUCCAUGUGUUGGAUAAAAAGUAUUUCAUUAUUAUCAAGUGGCUUAUAGUGUAUCCCAAUGUUGGGCAAAGCCCUACCCACUGUCAUACCAUUCAUUUCGGUCUUAUGUAAAAUAAAUCUAUUCCGUUUCACACAUUGCGGCCCGCCGGCCGGGGCGCUUGACGACAGCUGCGUGGCUCGUACCAUGGUACUCAGUGCGCGUUGUGACAAACGACGCCCGCCAUACAGAAUGCGAUAAUUAAGCGACAGUCGCUAUUGCAAGACAUUUCAUAAUAUUUAUCAACUCUCGGCGAACAGACUUUAGGCGCAGACCACCCACUUCCUGUCGACCGAUAAUUGGGUUGGUCGUUAAUCAGUAUGGACAUGUAUGAAAGUGCGCACAUUACACCGAUUUAGUAUCGGCCGAUUCUUUAUACAAAUUAGACUCGGGCCCAACUAUCGGCCAAGUAAAAGUCGGUGGUCUCGUAUUCACAAACAUCACUAUGAGGUCUCACAGGGCGCGUGGAUGCACAGGGUCACAAACAAACCGAUCACAGAGCUCUAUUCGACGCUGUGCGUUCGAUUUGCUGCUUCACUUAAGCAAGAAUCGUUUGUGAAUACGGGUGUUAGUGUGCUCGCCAGCUACUGCGUAAAAAAUUACAUUAAAUGUAUGAUAGAUUGUACAGCGCCCCUAGCGACUACUUUCAAGAACUAAAAUCUUCAUAGAAUGUUUUGAAGGCUAGCGAGUACACCUAACGUAAACUCAUAGUAGGCACACUAGUGCAGUCAGCGUCGAAAAGUUCGUGACACCUAAAGUGACCAAAAAAUUGAUAACGCAACCUUAUUCCAUUUGUAACAGUGUUGCAAACUUGGAGGUGUCACGAACAAUUUGACGCUGAACUGUAUUAAA